AUGCAGAGUAUGCCUGGCAAUCUCUUCAUACAUUCACCUCAACAACUCGGCCAACUGUUUAAAGGAAACUUUAUCUCGCUAUCUCUUGAGUUUCACUGGCAAUCAUCCAAAUCUUCCUUGGCACGGUUUAGCCUGUAUUUUAUCCGCGCUCAGACACUCGUUGUGAUGUUGCAAUUCGAUUGGGUAGGAAGCUUUAAUAGCCAUGAUCCCGAAUACAGCCCCGAGUGGUCGCCAUUAAAAACCCUUUUUUGGGCAAGAAGUGCUACUCCGAUUGAUUGCUGGAUUUUCUGCCCAGACCUUCCAUUGGAAGGAGCUGACGAUGUAGAUGAAUCACAUGGUUACCCUGUAUGA